AAAUGUCGGUUGGAUAGACAGGGUCGUGUUGUCGUGCCUGAGGGUAAUGGACCUGAUAUUUGGGUGUCAGCUAUUUUGGAGGUUUAUUGAUAUAUGUGAUUGAGAGCCCCCUGCUGAGUUCCUAUAUUAGUGUAGUCAUAACGAGAGAUUUGGCAGAGGGAAUUUCGACAAAUUGGCAACAGUCUGAAACAGAGCUGAUUUUCUCUAGUGGGACUUGUCUUGAAGAUAUAAAUCUGUCGGUUGAUGAAGCAUUCAGGAUUGUGUUGUGUCUGGAGCCGUGAGAUCGCCAUGUGACACAAAAUCAUUGACACAAGCAUUGUAACAGUAUUCUCUGGAGGCAUACGUUGUAACAGUAUUCACUGGAGGCAUACGUUGUAACAGUAUUCUCUGGAGGCAUACGUUCUAACAGUAUUCUCCGGAGGCAUACGUUGUAACAGUAUUCUCCGGAGGCAUCCAUUAUGACCAGUGUUAUUAGUUGUCAUGUAGAUGUGAUGAUUAGGUUUGUCAUGGGAAACAGCAUGUCACCACAAACGGAACAGAAUGUGCAAAGGCGGAAAAAGACAUCUUUAGUUAAGGUGUUUCAGUGGGAUUAAUCCUACUUUUAUGGAUACCAAAAGAAAAAAUUGUUGAAUGAACAGGGAAAAUAAGGCACCAUGUAUGCAAUGUUAUUAUAAACAGGAACUAACAGAAGUUUAUUGAUCCAAGGUAGACUAAUGGACUCCUGAGUUAUAUCCUGAUACAGCCACUGGCAGGAAGACGUCUUGUGACUAACUUACGGCAAGAUGUGAUGAUGUGAAGACAGUUUCAUUGAUUUCCUUGUGUGUGUUACAGCUAGACAUUAUAAUGGACACAUCAAACCUUGGGGCUGUCAGAUUCUUCCUUGUGUAUUGAUACCAGCAAGGCAAAAUUCAGUCGGGAUCCUCAGCUAAGGGAACAGAAAUUUGCUUUUCGUCCUAACUUGUAUGACUAUUUGAGAACACUGGACCGUGAAUGUAUAUACUGAAUAUAAAUUCAGGUGGUCUUUUGUUGUAGUCAAGAAAGUUUGUAUGUGACAUGUGUUAUAAUUUGAACAGUGGUGACGGAAUGCUUACGGUUGCUGUGUCUGUGUCAUACUGGUUCUGAAGUUGAUUUAAGAUGUAUUGUCUGAAGAUGUGAUAAACUAACUACAAGAAGUGACCAGCUCCUUACACUAUCUGUCCUUAAGUUCAGCAAGUCGUAACAUUUUGAGGGCAUGAAAGUCCUUCCGAUUAUACCCUCCUAUCUCAGGUGCCGGCCUGGGUAAGCAGAGUUCCUAGUCCACAGAUUAUCUAGUACCAGGACGCGUUGCUAGAAGGGUCAUAUCUUGGCUCACUAAGGAGCUACAUACACACAAAAGCUAUUUUCUUUCUGAGGACUUUGUACUGCUAUCACUUUCAUAUUGCAGAGUGUCUGAAUUGGGGACAUGUUUAUGAAAUAGGUAUCAAGACUUAAAUGUAUAUUCAGCCUAGGGCUGAACUUUUCAUUCUGUCGUGGAGCCUCUAUCAAUGAGGAGAGUUCAGAAAUCAAUUUGCACAUGAAAGGAAUAUUCUUACGAGGAUUUUCUCAUCGAUCAUGGAGACUUUAAGUAAAGACAAGAUGACUCCGGUAGCCAGGCACUAGUGAAGAAGGUAUUCAGAGCUGUGUGUGUAGGUAUAGCGAGUGGUAUAGUGGGUGAUAGUUUGUAGUAACUACCACCAGUCAAGGAGAGGGAAAGUCAGGCAUGUGACAAUAGCCUCUCAACUACCUUAGGAAUAAAUCCUUGUAUCAAUAGCAUUAGAACAGGAUUGGCUCACCCUGCUUAGUAGUCUGUGUAUUGUAGACAGAGGGCUGUUGAGCAAUUCCUAAUCAGAUAACCUUCCAAUCAGAUACACUCCAAUACACAUGGUUACAUGGCCGGUUUUGAUUCUUACAUUAAUCAUAUAAGCCUAUCAUCAAACAGUCAUCUGCUUGGUUGGACAGCUGGUCGAACUGGUGGUUUCACUAGAAGUGGAAUGGACAUGUACUGUGUUCACUAGAAGUGGAAUAGAUGUGUACUGUGUUCACUAGAAGUGGAAUAGACGUGUACUGUGUUCACUAGAAGUGGAAUAGACAUGUACUGUGUUCACUAGAAGUGGAAUAGACAUGUACUGUUGGAGGUAGCGUGUGAUGUGAGGGCUCUGUGAUGAAUUGUGCUGCAUGGAUUUGACAGUCACAAGCGGUUGUUACACACUGCGUCAUAAAAUCGACAAUGUAGAUAUGUGAAUCAUGAAUUAUUUUGGAUCACCAACUUGAAAACUUGUUGACAUUUUGUCAAUGUCUUCAUGACCUAUGCUGUGACCAGAAAUGGAUAUUAUGUGUUGUGUAACGCUGGAUAUGUAGAUUGAGUUCUCAAGGAUAAUGUUAACAUACCACAGUCAACAAUCUCAACACAAUGGCUUGAAGAGUGUCAAAAACAUGGCAGAGAAUGUUACCUUUUCAUUUCUGGCGCACAUGUUUUAAAAAAACCCUUUUUGAGCUGAACUGGUUGUGGUUAUUUCAUUCUGUGAGAUUAUCAAAGUCGUUAUGGAAUUUCAUGAUUCUUAAUGACAUAAUUAACAUUGUGUUAAUAGCAUAACCCUCCUGGAUGGCAGAGCAAGUGUGAUUUAAAGUCAGUGAUAUGUUUCAUGUGUAGACAAUGUGCAGCUGACUGCGGUACAGAUACGUCUUACUUUGGAUAUUGUGCGCGUUAACUAAACAGACAUUCGGACAUUUCAGUGUGGGGAGGAUCGUGUGAUCAUCAUGACUCCCUCUAGUCUUGUUGUCACGCCGAUUCUCACUCGACCAAAGACAACCAAUGGGAUGCUACGGAAUGCGUCCCUGCGGAACAUUUAUGGCAGGAGAUGUUCCUAUACUCUGCUUGGGGAAAACAAGUAUCUCCGAUUUAAGGAGAGGCCAUAUUCAUCGGGCAACAACCCAUGUUCUUCCAGUACGCCGACAGUGCCGUUCUCCACUGCAGACCUGCUGUACAACCCGGAGGCGAGUCGGCCUGCCCCUCCAGCUGAGGACUUCUCCACCACCGAUCUAGUCUACUUCGACCGGGACAAGGACAAGCUCAAACUGCGGGACAUCGACGCCAACAGGAGGCCCAGCAGCAGGAACAACUCCAGAAGAUCCAUAUCACUGGAAAAAGUUAAUUUUGAAGGGGAAAAGGAUGAGCUGCGGCCUAUUAAGAACACGUUCCCCACAGCCAAGGGGCAGAACCAUGGCAGGACCAACGGGGUCCGUGGAACACUGCUGAGAAGUGAUCAGUUACUGAAUCACAAAAACAAUGUGCAAGGACGGGAGUCCGAUGACCUUGUAGCUAUGGGCACAAUAUGGAGUCCGAACUUACAACAACGCAACUCCACAACAACGUCCACAACGACGUCCAAGUCUUUCUCUCUUACUUCCACGUCUAACACAUCCAAUGUGAACCUCCGGAAAGGCCCAAGUGCUCCCACUACACGUGUUGGCUUCCCAAACAAUUUCUCCACAUCCAGAUCUACUGCCAAAGAUAGUGAACCAAAAUAUACAGACCCAGUUUCAGGAGCAUCGCCUUCGUUCCAACAAAGACUAAUGGAGUUGUCUGCCCUUGAGGCAGAAACCGUGCGAUGGGAAAGAACUAAGAAAAUUAAGAAAAAGGCCAAACAAGAUCGUGAUUCUUGAUGUUGUUUGUAGGUGUAGAUAUUGUUGAGAUGCCAAGAUGGUAGCAGGAUGCAAUAAGGUGUCCCCUCAGCCUGCUGCAGGAGCCGUGCCAGUGGAGGGAGGAUGCUCUGUGUCUGUGUGUUCCGUAGGACCGUACUUCGGAAGCUGGGAGAACUUGUCAGUGCUCAGCGUGGAGUGUCAGACUGGCAUCCCCCUACUGGACACGGUGUAGUCAUGAUCCUCUCUGUGAUGCCUACAGUAUUUGACAGACCAUGAGGACUACGUAAUGGACAUGUUUGUCUUAGUGUGUGAUCUGCUCACUCCUAUAUUUCACAAACUAUUUUUUCACUACUUCGAUUAAGUAAUAACCAAUUGGGUGAAGAUGGUUAAAACCUGGAGCAUUAUAUUUUUCAUAUAUUUCUGACAGGUGUGACUUGAUCAAGCUUUCAAAGUGUGUUACUGAAAACUCCCACCUGACUUGUCCCAUAUGUCACAUAGGGUAUUUAUGAACAGUAUUGCAGCGACUACGGUAAAGAUCAUUGAGUAUUCGUGCCAUGAUACAAGUAAGGUAUCAUGAUAUCAUGCAUAAUGAUCAAAACACUAAAGCUUAUUUUUUCCAUUUCAAUAAUAUUUUGAUAUUUUCCGUUAUUUCUCUGGAACAAUUUGGAAGAUAGUGUGAAAGAUUAUAUUCUGUUUUCUGAAAUAUGAAGAUGAGUUCUCAAUUAUCAAUUUACCGUAUUUGACGUAAUAAGCGCCCCGCUCUAAUAAGCGCCCAUGGCGAUAAUUUCUAAUAUAUUGGCUUAGUGAACAAUCCCAAUUAGCGCCCCUUCCGAUUGAUCAAUGUACACAAGACUUA